UGAUCUGGGGAUGUGGACGCGCCCGGCGGGGCAGAAGAGGCUCCUUCAGAAGACGGAACUACUUCCGCCCGGGGAAGCCGAAGGGUGGCCGACGCCCAGCGCUAGCCGCAGCGGCCCCCGCCUCGCCUUCGGGUGCUUUGCGGAGGGCGGGCGGAGGGAGCAAGUAAGGCGGGAGGGGGAAGGAAGGAGGCGGGACCGUCCGCGAGGUUCCCUCUAGGGGAACCUCUGCAAAUCCCAGGUGGCCCUCCGGGUCACACGCCGCCAGCAAGUCAGCCUGACGCCCGUCGGCCCGUAUUCAGAUUGACUCCUUCGGCUUUCCGUUCUCCUCUCUCCGGGGCGGGACUUCCUGUUUUCUCUCCGAGGCACUUCCGGGAAGAGCUGCGGGACUUAAAACAAGAGGGCGCCCGGGUCCGCCGACAUCUCAGGGUGGAAAAGGGGAACUCGACGUGGGUUUUAUUAAGCCAGUUCCGAGAUCCUGAUUUUCUGCUUUUGGUGUCCGGCGCUCGGUCCACGGCAGAGACGUCUUGGAAACGGCCGGAAGUCGUUCAAGAGAGCGACAGGAAGUCCCGCCUCUUCCUCCCAGAGGGAAGACGGUGAGCCGGAGGAGUCAGUCAGAGGGGCGAGCAGGGGCGAUCCGUCGGCGAACAGGUUAUGAGUGCCAAGUGAGCCAUAGGAAGGAAGCAUCACUUUAUUAAUGAUGGAUACUGAGAAGAAACCAGAGAGUGAUGAGGAUGAAAAUGUAAAUAAAGAAGCAAAAGACUUGAGAAAUAUUUCCUCCCAUGGUGGGGAUUAUGGGCUUGUGUCUGAUGUGAUAGCAAAUUCCUCUGAGAAUCCCACAAGCAAAAGAGGUUUUUCAGAAUCAUCAAACAUUGACAGUGUUGUGGUGGAAGAUGGAAAUAAACGUGCUUUCAAACGAAUGAAAUUAGCAGCUGAGGCAGAGCCCGUAAAGUCAGAAGAGCAGAGCGUUCAUGGGUUAAAGACUUCUGAGAGCACAGUCCCAGGAGUGGGUGUCCCCAUAGAUGAGGCAGGGAAGGAGGCCCUCCUGAAGAACUGUGCAGAUGGAGGCACAUAUCCUCCCAAUGCUUUCCUCCCUCCCUGCAGGCUCAGUACUGUUGAUACUGUUUCUCUGAAAACAGACACUGAAAUAAAGUCGGCUCAGGAAGGGGUUUCCCUGGAUCUGGCAAGAGAAUCUUCUUUCCCCCUUAAAGAGAUUAAUGUUAGUUGUACCAUUGGAAAUGUAGAUACAGUUCUCAAGUGCAACAUAUGUAGUCAUUUGUUUUCUUCUUGCUCUGAUUUGGAAAAGCACGCUGAGUGUCACACGCAACAGUCGAAGGAACAUGUUUGCUGCUACUGUAGCCACAAAGCAGAGAGCAGUGCGGCUUUACACGUGCAUGUCAGACAGGCACACGGGCCACAGAAAGUCUUCUCUUGUGAUCUUUGUGGCUUUCAGUGUGUGGAUGAAAGCCUGUUGAAUGCACAUUAUCUUGGCAAAACACAUCUCCGGCGUCAGAAUCUUGCUGCUCGUGGAGGAUUUGUACAGAUCUUAACAAAACAGCCUUUUCCUAAGAAACCAUGUACCAUGGGAACAAAAAAUGUUCGUGCAAAACCAAGAGCUUCUAAACCAAUAGCAAAGAAUAGUGAUUCCAAAGCAUUACAGGAUGUUGGAAGCAAAUGUAAAGAUUUCCGAGGAAGCAUUUCCAAGCAGAGUGGAAGUAGCAGCGAGCUGCUUGUUGAAACGAUGCCGUCUGGGAAUACUGCGUCGGAAGUAGAGGUUGUUGAGGCAAGUGUCGCCCCCCUUGAGGGAACUCGAAAUCCUGGGAACCAGAGUAAAACCUUAGGGCUUUUAGUAGCCUCAGAGGGUCUCUUAGAAAAAUUGGAAUCUACCAAAAUGACCCUACAGACAGCACACAGUAUCAGUACAACUGCAAGACCAAGAGUUGAGCGCAGCAUUCUCAUGCUGGGGAAUAGCUUCCGACGACGAACUGGCACUUUCGCCUUGAAAGGCCAGGCAAAGAAAAGGUUUAAUCUUUUAGGAAUUAGCAAAAGAGGCACUAAUGAAACUGAGAGGAUGUAUAUGAAACACUUCAGGGCACAGAUGAAAGCAAGUGGUGCAGAGUCAAUGCCCAAACACGCAGAAGCGAGUGGCAAUGCCCACCGUCUGCGCGUGCCUUCCGCAGAGACGCUGGGCCCGAGGCAGGACAAAAAUCCCCAUCUUCUGCAUUCUCUUGACUCGCUGACAGUGAGGCCAGCUUCUGACCACCAGAUGUGUUCUUGUUCCGACUGUGGUCAGAUAUCUACAAAUGGGACAGAGGUGGAAAACCAUAGGGAAAGGUGCCAAACAAGAGAGAUGAAGUUUUACUGUGCGACAUGUGACUUUUCUAGCACAUCGAAAAGGGACUUUCAUGAGCAUUUGCACAAUAACCAGCACCAGCACACUGCCUCUGGCCUCAGUUGUCAGUGCUGUUCAUUUAUUGCCGUGAAUGAAAUAAAUCUUAGAGCCCAUAUGAAGGACAAACAUAGUCUGGGUUUUCUUUGCACUUCCUGUAACCUGUUCUUGACUGAGAAAGACAUGGAAGAACAUAAAAGAACUGAGAAGCACAUUUGUUUAUUGGUUCAGCCAAAGACUUCUCAAUCUUUUAACAACGAUGUGGUGUUACAGACUUUACCUUUAAGUACUUUAGAAUCAGAAAACACAAAAGAUUGUCUGAAUGAGUCAGGAAAAGCAGCAUCCCAGAAAGAACCUGCCAAGCCCAGGGCAAGCCAUGGCAGUGAAAUAAGGCAUUCGAGUAAGCCUCAGUUUCAAUGUAAGAAGUGUUUUUAUAAAACUAGGUCUUCCACUGUUCUCACAAGGCACAUAAAGCUCAGGCAUGGUCAAGAUUAUCACUUCCUUUGUAAAGCAUGUAAUCUUUACUCAUUGAGCAAGGAAGGAAUGGAGAAACACAUUAAGAGAAGCAAGCAUCUUGAAAAUGCUAAGAAAAAUAAUAUUGGCUUAAGCUUUGAAGAAUGUAUUGAAAGGAUAUGUAUAGGUACAAGUGACAAAAAAGAAGAGCUUCACAUUUCUGGAAAUGAAAGGAUAGAAGGCCAUAUAGAAGGUGUGCAAUUACAGGAGCAUUGCUAUCUCGACAAGAGCAUGCUCACUACCAAGGAACUGCCACAGCCUGGUGUGGUCACCAAAGAGGAUGAAGUAGCUUUGACCAGCACUCCAAAGAGAGGGAGACCGAAAGGUAACAUCUCACGGACAUGUUCACAUUGUGGUCUUUUGGCCUCUAGUAUUACAAACUUGACCAUUCACAUUAGACGAAAACACAGUCACCAAUAUAGUUACUUAUGCAAAGUGUGUAAGUAUUAUACAGUAACUAAGGGAGAUAUGGAGCGUCAUUGUGCUACCAAGAAGCAUAAAGGACGUGUGGAAGUAGAAGCAAAUGGAAAACAAAGUUCAGAUAUCAUUGUUGGCCCCGAAGGGGGUAACCUUGAAGCCUGUAGAAAGAACACCAAUUUGGUCGUUUCAGACGAACAUACCAGCAAGUCAGGUGAAUCAGAUGUCUCCAUUUCAGAAAAACCAGUAGUAGAACAUGGACAUCCAGUUGAAGUUGAAAAUGUAUUUCAUUCUAUGGGUGGGGAAGGUAAUAGUCACCUUACUGAUACAAAGGAACGAGUGUCUCUGGAACCAGAGGACCUUAUCCAGCAGGACAAUGCUUGCUCCCAGACAGAUGUCACAGAUGUGAGUGAUAAUAAGUGUGCACACUGUGAGUUCAGCGCUCACUCCUCUACUUCUCUAGAACUGCACAUAAAGCGGAAACAUACAAAAGAGUUUGCGUUUUACUGCAUGGCAUGUGAUUACUAUGCUGUGACUUGUCGAGAGAUGACUAGGCACGCGGCAACAGAAAAACACAAGAUGAAAAGUCAGUCUUACCUGAACUGCCCUGAUGCAGAAGCAAGUUCUGCAGAAAUGUCCAAAAACAUACCUGAAGAGCAUCACCCACAAAAUCCUGAAGAACUUCAGAUAAUUUCAGAUCUUCCAUCUGAAACUCUUAAGCCUGGUGGUACUGCUGCUCGUUCUGAUUUGGAUGACAGUACUAACUUAGCCAUGUCUGGAGUACUCUGUGCCCCUGACUCUGUAGAAAUUGAGACUGAAGGAUCUAAUCUCAGUGAAGAUCCUUCUUGUUGUGAAACUUUCCAACAGCCCCCCAUCAAGGAUAAAGUUCUGAAACCUGAGGAGAUGGUGUCCCUUACUAUCUCCUCUAAGGAUGGCUCCCCCAGCACAUUUCAGAAUGAAAAUCCAAGAAGCUCAGCUUUGGAUUAUGAGACAGCAAAGAAGAACCGUGGUGUGUUGAAUGACAUCAGAGACCUGGAUGGACUUUGUGUGAGCAGUGGACAUGUUGGGGAUGAGGCAGGUAAAGGCCUCAGCAGACACGUGUGUCCUGCAGGAAGUGAUGGAGCGCACCCAGCUGGAAGCAGCACCGCCGUGGCAAUGAGGGUGGUGGGAGAAGGGCUGCGCCCGGUCAGCGGCAGUCAGAGCGGAGUUGGACGUGUGCAGAGUCCUGAGGGUCUGAAAGAUAUGCCGGAAGAUCCCAUUCUGGAGGGCAAGGAAAUUCUGAUAAAUUCCCAGCAGGAAACUAAAAUUAUUUUGGAAGAGGACAGUCCAGUUUCUGAUAGCACAGUUGAAAGUAAUGAUGUCUAUGAGACUGUAAUCAGUAUUGAUGCUAAAGGACAGGCCCUGUACAGUUUGGGCCGGUUUGAUUCUUCCAUAAUAAGAAUAAAGAACCCUGACGAUGGUGAAUCGGUAGACCAGUCUGAAGAGGGUCUCACAGCAACAGGAGUAAGAAUUAGUGAGUUGCCUUUAAAGGACUGUGGCCCAGGUGUGAGAAAGAAGAAAUCUGAGGGUAGUGCCUUUGGUGAAUCCACACGAAUUCGUUGUGAUGAUUGCGGCUUCUUAGCAGAUGGUUUGAGUGGACUGAAUGUUCACAUAGCUAUGAAGCAUCCCACAAAAGAGAAACACUUCCAUUGUUUACUGUGUGGAAAAUCAUUCUAUACAGAGAGUAACCUGCAUCAGCAUUUGGCUAGUGCUGGGCAUAUGAGAAAUGAGCAGGCCAGUGUAGAAGAGCUUCCAGAGGGAGGGGCCACCUUUAAAUGUGUCAAGUGUACAGAGCCCUUUGAUUCUGAACAGAAUUUAUUCCUGCAUAUAAAAGGGCAGCAUGAGGAACUGCUUCGGGAGGUGAAUAAAUACAUAGUGGAAGACACAGAGCAAAUCAACCGUGAGAGAGAGGAAAAUCAGGGAAAUGUUUGCAAGUAUUGUGGGAAGAUGUGCCGAAGUAGCAAUUCGAUGGCAUUUCUUGCACACAUUCGCACUCAUACAGGAUCAAAACCAUUCAAGUGCAAGAUAUGCCAUUUUGCAACAGCUCAGCUUGGUGAUGCCAGAAACCAUGUCAAAAGGCACCUGGGGAUGAGGGAAUACAAGUGUCAUGUCUGUGGGGUUGCUUUUGUAAUGAAGAAGCACUUAAAUACUCAUCUACUGGGCAAACAUGGAGUUGGCACCCCAAAAGAAAGGAAAUUUACAUGCCACUUAUGUGAUAGAAGUUUCACAGAGAAGUGGGCCCUGAACAACCACAUGAAACUCCACACGGGAGAAAAGCCGUUUAAGUGCACCUGGCCCACGUGCCAUUACUCAUUCCUCACGGCCUCCGCCAUGAAGGACCACUACAGGACACACACAGGCGAGAAGUCGUUUCUGUGUGACCUCUGUGGCUUUGCCGGUGGGACACGGCACGCCCUCACCAAACACCGCCGCCAGCACACAGGGGAAAAGCCUUUCAAAUGUGAUGAGUGCAACUUUGCUUCCACGACGCAGUCCCAUCUGACCCGGCACAAGCGGGUGCACACUGGAGAAAAGCCCUACAGGUGCCCCUGGUGUGACUACAGAUCAAACUGUGCUGAGAAUAUCCGAAAACACAUUUUACAUACGGGCAAGCACGAAGGAGUGAAGAUGUACAACUGCCCCAAGUGUGACUACGGGACGAAUGUUCCUGUGGAAUUCCGGAACCACCUGAAAGAACAACACCCUGAUAUCGAGAACCCCGACCUGGCUUACCUGCACGCAGGCAUUGUCUCCAAGUCCUACGAAUGCCGUUUGAAGGGCCAAGGAGCCACCUUCGUGGAGACAGACAGCCCCUUCACCGCGGCCGCGCUGGCAGAGGAGCCCCCCGCCAGGGAGCGGCCCCUGCGGAGCAGCAGCUCGCGGCCGGCGGCCCCGCCCGAGCAGGUCCAGCAGGUCAUCAUCAUCCAGGGCUACGACGGCGAGAUCGCCCUGGACUCCUCCGUGGAGGAGACGGCCGCCGCCACACUGCAGACCCUGGCGCUGGCCGGCCAGGUGGCCCGGGUGGUGCACAUCACGGAAGACGGGCAAGUCAUCACCACAAGCCAGAGUGGGGCACAUGCAGGCAGCGUGGCACCUGGGCCGGUCCUGCCAGAACAGCUGACUGAUGGAGCCACCCAGGUGGUGGUCGUGGGGGGCGCGGGCCUGGACGAGCCCCUCAGCCCCGGCAGCACUGUGAUGCAGCAGGGGGCCAAGCAGGAGAUUCUAGAUCUCGCCGAGGCCGCCAUGCCCCUGCCUGACACGGCCUCCGCCCUGGAUGCCCUGCUGUGCGCGGUCACCGAACUGGGAGGUGCAGAAGGCAGGGCCGGGCCUGACGAGAAAGGCAGGACCAGCCACAAAGACGUGCUGGUGCAGUUGGCCAGCCAGGAGGCGCCCCAUGCCCCCGCGCAGCUCAGCGCCCCUGAGAUCCACAUGUUCCAAGACAUCCAGGAAGGCCCAGUGGCCGUGGAGCCCAUGGAGGUGCUGACCCAGGUGGUCCGCCCCUCGGCCGUGAUCGCCUCGCACGAGCGUGCCCAGGUGGCCUUCAGGAAAGCAGUGCAGGGCGUGCUCCAGUUGGCCGUGUGCGAUGCGGCUGUGGCCGGCCAGCUCGUGAAGGAAGGCGUCGCCCAGGUCAUCGUGAACGAAGAGGGCGCCGUCCACAUGCUGGCCCGGGAGGGCUCCCAGAUCAUCGUGACCGAGGAGCUGGUCCAAGCUGUGGUCCAGGAGUCCAGCAGCGACUUCCCUGAGGGUGCGACUCACUACCUCGUGACAGAACUGCCCCCGGGGGUGCAGGAUGAGGCGGGCGUGUUCUCCCACGCCGUGCUGGGGACGGCGGACUCUCAGGGGGUCCUGCAGGCUGGGGCCGCGCUCAGUGCCGAAGCUGUGGUCCAGAGCGCGGCUGAGCAGUUGACCAGUAUGGUCAUUUAUACCCAAGACGGCUCCCCGGCAGCAACCGUGAUCCAGAGCCAGAGAGAGAGUAACGGCGCCCAGGAAGCCUGAGCAGGGCCUGCACCAGGGUGCAGGCAGGCGCCCCCCAGCUUCACCCACUCCCAGCAGACCGGGGUGUCCGAGGGGCACUGACGCCCAGGGACCACCGGCGCUUUCCUGAGGGCCCCUUUCCCUCUGCCCCAGCCAUGUGCUGAGGAGAAGCUUAACUCCUUUCUGGGUUUUUCCCCACAGAUGUUUCCCAUUCCAGCCCUGCUGGGGUUGUCCCUUGUGGUGGGAAAGGAAGGAUGCAGUCUCGUGUGGCCGGAGGCACGCACGCUGGCUGCCGGGCGUGGAGCCGUGCUGCCCCGUUACUGUGCGGCGUCGCGCCUGCAGCUGCCACCAUUACCUUCUUGAGGCAGUCCGCUCCUGUCAUUGCCUUGAAAUGUUAGGAUCAGUGUCCCCAGACCGUCAGUUCGCCCGGCGCGUCGGGGUCCUGGCCGCAGUGCUGGGGGUGUUCGUCGCACUGGCUGCCCUCUGCUAAAGGAAACCUGAAGCCUGUGGUUAAGCAAAGCCCCUGGCGCUUAUACUCAGUUAAAAUAUACCCUGAUUAACAUAACCCCAUGCUUCUAAUUUUGACUUACUUUCAUACAAUAAAGUCUAUCUAUGAAAUGUGCACUUUGGAAAAUAUUGUUCAUAUCAAUAUUUCGCUUUUAUAACAUGUUUGUAUUGACAUCACUUUUCAGGAUUUAUUUGUGACUUAUGUCAGCGUGAAUGAGCUGGCACCCAGCGUCCACAACAGACAGCCUCGCCCCUGCAGCCCUGGCCCUGACCAGCGUGCCUCGCGCGGACGGGGCGCACUGCAGCUGUGGGGCGUGGGCUCGUGGUCCUGUAACUCAUUCCUUGAUGUGAUUGUUCCCCUUCCUUUUCCAAAGUUGUAAAAUAAUCCCCUCCCCCAAAUGCAAAGUUGUUUUUGUUCUGUUUCCUUUUUCUUUGAAAUAAAACUAGAGCACUAAAAGAUAAUGAUGCUGUUUUAUUUCCAGCAGUCAACCAGCGGGCAGCUGAGAAACCUGAGAACUAGUUCUUCCGUCUGACGCGGCGGUCCCUUCGCGCUGCCCACCGAGCGGGCGGGCUUCCGAGGGGCACCUCCAGAUUCCCACCGCAGGAGUGUCUGCGUGUUUGGCUCGUGGCCUGGG